CGAUGCUCAUUGACCUGAAACAAGUAUCGGAGUGCGUUUUCCAAAUAAAGUUAACUCAUUCACACUUUUCACGUGCAGUAAAACCAGUUAUUACGAAAAGGUUUUACUUUGUGGACACAUGAUGUAUUGUACUACAAAAGUAUUCCUCAUCAUUUCGACAUUUUACUUUGCUACAUGUUCUAAACUUGUUGUUAUCCUCAUGGACGGAUUUCGAUGGGAUUAUUUUGACCACGUGAAUCUGCCUGGUUUUGCUAAUAUGGCGAAAGAAGGCGUGAAGGCGGAGUACAUGUUGUCAGACUAUCCUACUUUAUCUUACCCAAAUUAUUACUCCAUCAUGACAGGAUUACAUUGUGAAUCCCAUGGUAUGGUAGGAAAUUUUAUGCAUGAUGUUACCAAUGACAAGAAUUUUCUAAUUGGUGUAAAUCCAGACCAGAAUCUCUCUAUUUGGUGGGACGAUGCAGAACCUGUUUGGAUCACUGCUGAAAAAGAGGGAAAGAAAUCUUAUUUCUUCUACUGGCCAGGCUGUGAGGUGACAAUAAGGGGCAGAAAACCAACACUUUGUGUUGAUUACAAGUUAUCUCUUAUACCUGAAUUUGAGUAUUCUCUGCAAGAAACUUUAAAACUCUUACAUAACGACACAGCGGAUCUUAUAGGAAUAUACCUGGAAGCCCCUGACCACUAUGGACAUAAAUUUGGUGUUGAUUCUCAAAAUUUAACAACUUUAUUGCAAGACAUUGAUAACAGUUUACAGAGCUUUAGGCAACGACUGACGUCACUUAAUUUACAAAAUGACGCCAACAUAAUGAUUUUUUCUGAUCAUGGGAUGACCAAUAUCACAAAGAUGGUAAACAUAACUGAUGUGUUGGACUUACAGGAUAUUAAGGUUAUUUUGUCUGAGGUACCCUAUGUCAGUAUCUGGCCAAUGAAUGGAAAGCUUGAGAAGGUUUACAACGAUUUAGUAACAGCUAACAAGCCCAAUGUAACAGUUUACAAAAAGGAAUUAAUUCCUGACCGUUAUCGUCUCAAAAACCAUCCACGCACAGCACCAAUUGUGAUAGAAGCCGAUAGUGGAACAGCGAUAGUGGCACCAUGGAAAUGUAACGAAUGCGCAGGUUAUUUUAAACCUGGAACAACAUCCAUAGGGAUGCACGGAUAUGACAAUACUGAUCCGGAUAUGAGAGCCAUAUUUAGAGCAACAGGACCGGCAUUCAGGAAGAAUUUUGUGAGCAAGCCGAUAGCUAAUGUGGAACUGUAUCAGAUAAUGUGUGAUAUUCUUGGAAUAAAACCAAAGGAAAACAAUGGGACUUGGAGUAAGAUCGCACAAAUGAUGAUAAAAACUGAUACAUCAUCUGCAAGACCAACAGAAUUAUUCUUUCCUUUGUUUCUGUUUGGCAUGUUUAAUGUUGUACUCAACUAAUUUAUUAUAUAAGGUAAAAUCUGUACUGUAUUCAAACUCAUUUAAUGAUUAAAAAACACAGUGUGAUUUACCCCCAGAAUACUGUUCAAUAAAUUUCAAAGCCUUGAA